AUGACAACUGCCGGCGCCACUCCUGCCCCUGCCCCUCCACCUCCGUUAUCAAGCACCACCCCGAGGACCACGCCCCCGACAACGACGAUUACUACGUUCACCCCUGGUGCACCUGCCGGUCGGAAAGCUGAAUGCUCCAAUUGCGUAGCAACACUUACACCGUUACGGAGAAGAAGUUACGGCGGGUUAAAUAACUACCACGGAUUGAACGGACUCGGGUCGUUCAAUAACUCACUGGAUGCGUUACCUUUCCCGUCUGGUGAAUAUGACUUGUCUAUGUCGUCUUUGACGUUCUCUCCUUUGGCACCGCCCUUCACCUCCAAUAAUUUCACUUCACUAACUUCGACCACCAUCCCCAACCUCACCUCGACGAACGAACAAACGUCGGCGAAUGUCCAGUGA